CAGGCAUGUGUGUGAGAUGUUAUGUGUAGAUAUUUUAUGUCUAUCGGUAAAGUUGAACAAAUGAUACAUAACUACCUCCAGAAAAUAGACUUAUAAUGCUAUACCGAUGACAAAGUUCAUAAAAAGACACUUGCAAACAAUGACAAAACUGUGCCCAUCGAUCUGUCCCACGCUGCCUGUGGUUAGAAAGUGUUGCUUUUGCGUGCCUGUUCGCAAAGGAGUCACUAUAUUCGGAUAUGUUAAUUUGGUGCUAUCCCUGCUCUCCCUGCCGCUGCUGGUGUUCCUGGUGGUGGAACAAAUGACUACUCCCAAAGCAGAGCAGCCUACUGCCAAGCCUCUGGAGGAGACGCAUGAUCACCUGGAUCCACUGAUCCAUCUAUCCUUAACCAUAGCCUUCAUCACUGUAGACGUCACAAUGACUAUUGUGUUGCUGGUCGGAGCACAUAAGAAAAAGAAGUCACUGCUCAAGAUAUACUUGUACUUCGGGAUUGUGUUCCAACUGCUGACCCUGUGUGUGGACCUGGCCUACUUCGACUACGUAGAAUACAUAGAAAAUACUGUCUACUUCUUUUUCUUAGCAUUGAACGUGUACCUCCUAUUUCUGGUGAAUAGCACCAUCCACGUGAUCGAGGAGAGCUCGGAGGUGCAAUACGUGGUGUACCAGGAGACACGCCAGAGCGCGUAGCAGGCACUCAACUUAAUACCUCAGCUUUGUACAUAAUAGUAAAGACAUUCACAAAUUGA